AUGGCAAGUCUCAAGUUAUGGGUGUUCUUACUUCUAGCGCUCAAAUUGACCUCAGUGCACCAAUGUCGAAGUUUGGUUGUGGAAGAGAGUUUCUCUGCUCCAAGCCGUUUGGAACAGAUUAGACGAGAGCUUUAUGAGAGGGUAAAAGAGAUGAAGGUGAGAUCAGAAGGCAAAGAGACGAUUCUUGGAAAUACUCUCGACUCCAAGCGACUUAGUCCCGGUGGUCCUGACCCGAGACAUCACUGA